AUGGCUACGGACAGCGACUAUGAGGUCUUGGAGAAGAUCGGCCAGGGCUCCUUCGGCGUCAUUCGCAAGGUCCGAAGAAAGGCGGAUGGCGAGAUCCUGUGCCGGAAGGAGAUCUCGUACACGCGCAUGUCCGAUCGCGAGAAGGAACAGCUGCACGCCGAGCUCCAGAUUCUACAGUCUUUACGGCACACCAACAUCGUGCAGUACUAUCAUCGCCAGCAUCUCAAGUCCUCGCAUGACCUUCACUUGUACAUGGAGUACUGCGGGAAUGGAGACCUAGGAGGAUACAUUAGAAAACUGAAAGAGAGGAAUAAGUACGCAGACGAGGAGUUCAUCUGGGCCAUCUUCGCGCAGCUGGUUGGAGCGCUGUAUAGGUGCCACUACGGCGAGGACCCACCUCCGCCAGGCAAGGAGGGCGACGCGAGGAAGGGUAAGGCUCUCGUGAGCAAGCAGGGUCAUCGGGUCAUCCUACAUCGAGAUCUAAAGCCCGAAAAUGGUAAGUAUCGCAGUGCUGUGCUACAUCUUGCUGUUUUGCUGAUCAAGUAGUCUUCCUUGGGGAGAACAACAGCGUUAAACUGGGAGACUUUGGCCUUUCCAAGAUCAUUGCAUCUCACGACUUCGCAAGUACAUACGUCGGCACUCCGUUCUACAUGAGCCCAGAGAUUUGCGCCGCCGAGCGAUAUUCACACUAUUCCGACAUUUGGUCACUCGGCUGCAUCAUCUACGAACUGGCGACGCGACAGGUGCCUUUCGAGGCACGCAGCCAUAUGGAGUUGGUCCUCAAGAUCAAGCAGGGCCGCGUCAAGCCUCUUCCCCCACAGUACAGUGCAGAUCUUUCAGAAGCCAUCUCCUGGUGUCUCAAGACCGAUGCGCGACAGCGGCCCGACUGCGCUCAGCUCCUGACCGUGGCCAACAUCAAGGUCGCGCGCACCCGUCUUGAGCAAGCUUCGGCUCUUGGCCACCUUGACAAGCUUCAGCAAGAACGCGACUCUGCCUUGAACAAGCUCGCUCUUGCCCACAAGCAGAUCCAGGAGAUGCAGGCCGAGGUUGCGAAGCUUCGUGAAGCGAACAAGAAAGUGGAGAUGGAAUGGCAUGCGCGUGCCGCCCUGGCAAUCGACCAGAAGGUCCAAGAGGCUCAGCAGAAGUACAUGAGCGAUCUGAAGACCCAGUUCGACGCUGCCGUAGAACAGCGUGCAGAAGAAAAGCUGUCACUUCAUCUGGCCUCCCUGCCGUCUAGUCGCGGAGCUUCAAGCAGCCAGGACACCUCGGUCCAUGUUCGAUCGAGCACACCACCGCCAGGCAGGCAAUCAGCAGCUCGUUCCUUCCACCAAUUCGACGGCGUCCUACCCGAUACCAGUGCAUCAUCGCUACCUGAAGUAUUGGAGGAUUCAGUGCUCGAUGGCGAGCUAACGUCGCUGUCACUCAACGACAACGUCGAAGAGCCAGAGGAAGCGUCGCCACUUGCCCGUCGCACCGCCAAACCACCUCCCAAGAAGGCUGUUCGAAAGCCCUUCACACGCGCCAAGACUCUUGCCAACUACAACUUCGGCGUGAAAGACUCGCCCAUGGACGUCCACAUGGCAGACCCCAGCCCCAUGCCAAUGCACUACAAGGGCCUGGGCCUCUCACCAGGGCGCCGCAACAACGGGCCUCAGGAGCGCCUGACGAGCGAGCCUCUGAAGAGGAACAUCUUCAGCGUUGCACAGGAGAAGGAGAAUCGGGCCCCGAUCCGUGGGAGGACGCUGGUAGAGCUAUCGCAGAGCCCUGCGAAGUGGAAUCCAAUGGUCCACGGCGAGGAGAUGCCCUCUCCAUUCGUCAAGAGACGAUGA